AUGUAUCUGUCACAACAACGCGACUUGAUCCCCUCGAGGUCAGCGGGAUGUUCACGCGGUUCGGUGCUCUUGCCUCUACCAGACGCGCUUGCUUCGGCGCCAUCGGAUCGAGAUACACCUCACACCGGGUAUGCCAGCGAAGAGCUGAGCCCACUUGCUUGUCUACCUCGACAUCGCGAUUGUCUCGGAACGUGUGACUCGACAUUGCCACAACCACUUCUGCCGUCUGAAGCUUCUCGACGUACUCACCACGCAUGUGUCCCGGUAUCCGUGCAUACCGAGCCAGCGGAUACGCACCCCGCCAGCGCUACGAGGGUGAUCCACACCCCAUCCGACAAAUUUUGGGAGUCUCGCUCGUUUCGAUCGCAACACUACGAAAGCGUGUGGGAGCAGCUCGAAGCGGGCAGUGCCGACACGCGUCCCAAACAUCCCUAUACGGAACUCCUCAAGCUGUGCAUCCUCAAGCGUCGCGAAGGCAAGCUUACGCUUACACAACUCUAUCGCGAUCUCGAGCAAAAAUUCCCCUACUUUGCCAAUGGUCAGAACAGCAAGGGCUGGAAGAAUACAGUUCGGCACAACCUCUCAACGCAGCCUUACUUUAUCAAACUGCACCGUGAGCAUGGCCAGCCUGGCAAGGGCCAUUACUGGGCCUACGAUCCGAAAUGCGAGAGACCGUCUUCGUUGGCACAGAGCUCGGUCGUGCAGCUGUCGUCGCUGUGGCCUUCGUCGGUCAGUGCGGCAACGGCAGCAAUGGCUCUUCCGCCUCAUCAAGAGCUGACGGUCGCCGCUGCUGCCGAGACCAGGAAUGCCUUCGACUCGUGUGCUGCUCGUGCUACCGCUGCUACCGCUCUGCCGCGAUUCGAAGACUUUGCUUGGGAAAGAGGUCUGCCAGAGCUGCCGCGGGUGCAUCCCACGGCAGUGUCACGCAGUGAAUCACAUCCGUACAUCUCGCCCAUCGCCAUGCUACGUCGUCGCUCGAGUCCGGCGAGACAUCAGCGAGUAUCGCCGAAGCACCACGACAUUGAUAGCCAACCGGUUGCUACGAGAAACCGAUCCGCGACGAUCUCGACCUUCUCGACGAGCCCGAGGCCAACUGCUACCUCUAGCUUUGGUUUGGAGCAAAGGGACAGGCGCCGGGCUGCUAUCGAGCUGGCAGCGGACCUGGAGGCAGAUCGUGACAGCAGCAGCAGCAGCGGCGGCGGCGGCGGCGGCGGCGGCGGCGGCGGUGGUGGUGGUGGUGGUGACGGCGGUAGGGCGGAUCUCAUUUCGCGCUUACCUCGGCUGCCGGAUCUACCGCCUCUUGAUGCUAUCCAUUCGUCUCUUCCUUGCACCGCUUCGUCGAAGGGCAAGAGCUUGGGAGACUGGUACUUGUCCAAUCCCAUCUCGAGGGGAUGA